CUGAUAUUGGUAUCGCCCCACAAGAGUGGCACAAGAUCCUAGACAUGCUUCACUGGCCUGGUCCAGACAAACAAAUUGAAGAUCUGUCCGCAAGCACGGAUCCAUCCAGCUCAUAUUUUUACAUUCCUGGGCUGCAGAAGAGCUACCAGGUAGGGGAAGAAUUGUGUGUCACAGUGGUGGCCAGAGAUUUCCACCAGAACCCCAAGCCAUAUGGAGGUGACUUCUUCCAGGCCAAGCUUUACUCACCCAAUCUGAAGGCUAGUGUGUUUGGGGAGGUGACAGACCUUCAGAACGGGUCCUACUCAAUCUGCUUCCUACUGCCAUGGCCUGGGGAGGCUUGGGUAGCUGUACGUCUGAUCCACUCCAGCGAGGCUGUGCAGGUCCUGAAACACAGCCGGAAAUAUCACUCAGACCGCGUCUAUUUCGGAGGCGUAUUCAUGGGGAUCGAUCUCAAUGGGAAAAACUUUAAAGAAACGAGGGAGUGCAAUCCAAAGUGGGAUGGGGCUGGUCUGGAACGCAUGCAGACGGGCAACUGCUGCUGUGAGUAUCCGGACCCAGGAACAGGGGAGGUGUGGCUGUGCAAGAAGCCAAAAUCUCUGUCCUGUGAUGCCCUGGUCUACCAUCAGAUGGGAGGCUACAGAAACAUCCUCCGGCCUGAAGAAGCAAAAUUCCUGAACACGCAAUAUACUAAUAAGUGGAUCAAAGGAAACAACAGCAAAAUUAUAAUCUUUCCCUCCAAUACAACUGUCGGUGUAACAGAAAAAUGCAGACCUGGGCUUCAAAUACCAGUUCCAGCUGGGUUCUACAUGAGGGAUGUGUGGACCUCCCUCGUCUGUAAUGCAGGCCAUUUUGAUGCUCCCAAAAUAACCCAGUGUCUGAAAGACAAAGAGCUUUUCAUGAUGGGAGACUCCACCAUGAGACAGUGGUACCAUUUUCUGGGAAGCUCUGUGCCAAGCAUGAGAUACAUGAACCUCCACUCUUCGGAACAGGCAGGCCCUCUCUUGGCAGUGGAUGUAGAAAAUAACAUAGUCUUGCACUGGAGGGCUCAUGGCAUACCAUUGCGUUCCCAAAUAUCCCGAAUAGCUGACUUGCACUACAUCAGCAAUGAGAUUGACGGUAUUGCAGGCGGUCCGCACAAGGUCAUCGUCUUCACCAUCUGGGCCCACUUCACUAGUUUCCCGCUUAAAUAUUACAUCCGCCGUGUGGCAAGGAUUCGCCAAGCUGUUAUCGCACUGCUGAAGCGAGCACCUGACACCAUUGUCGCCAUCAAGUCUGCCAACACCAGCUAUAAGACUGUGUAUGGCAGUGACUGGCUUUCCAUACAGUUGGACACAAUAUUGAGGGCCACCUUCCAGGGGAUUAAUGUGGCCUUCAUAGAUGUUUGGCAAAUGACCUCCUGCCACUACAGUCCCGAAAACAUCCAUCCCAACGCAAUUAUUAUUCAAAAUGAGAUCAACCUUUUGAUGUCAUUCAUCUGCCCUGUCUGAAUGCCCACUUCCCCUUGAGCCCUGGUUGUGAGGGCCAGCAGUUAGCAUAGGCUCUUGUUUAUUUUAACCAAGUGGUUCACCUUCAGGUUGCUAUUGUAUUAAAUAAUUACUGGUCUAUAGGGGGCGAGAAAACCUGUUGGAAUGCAACCAUCUUGAACUUUCAGUUUAAGAUGGUUGCAUUACUUCAAGUGGACACUGAAGCAAGAAAAAUAGGGGAUCAAAAAUAUGAGAUGUGCUGUGGUGUUGGUUGUUAUUCGGGAUGGGAUAUUAGUCUGUGUAUUCUUGGGAUGUAUCUAUGAUAAUGGAGAAAACAAUUUGUACAACUUUGGCCAACAGCUGGGAAUGAUGUAUACUUUUUCGAUUUUGCAUGCAUCUGUAAUACUUUUACUUUUACAGUAUUUUGUUAUUGGUUCAGAUUCAUUCAUUUUUUAGGGUUUAAUAGUCUCCGCCUGAGAGGAUAUAUAUAUAUAUUGUUCAUUAUGAUGAUCACUAGCAAGAAAAAAAAAUUAUACUUCAGAAAAUCA